AUGACAUGCGAAGUGCAGGAUCGCCUGCAGAGCAAACGCAGGGAUUGUGAUGUAAUGCGUGGAAAGGAUACGGGAGAACAUAACGAGUCAACAUAUUUUAAAGAUCGUGUUGCGUUGCCUUACUCCGGCUUUGCUAUGCAAAAGUUAAUGAAGGAUUUAACUGACAUAGAUCCAGAUAUAGAAUGGAAAGCUAUAAACACUUUAUCGGAUGGCGUUAUUAUAAAUUCAAUACUUAGUCAGGGUUCAAUAAGUGGCUACGCCUUUGUGAGAAAGAUCACAAAUGUUUUCCUGCGUAAGCGAUAUAAAAUCCUAGAAACCACCAAAGAAGAAAUUAAUGUUCUUUUAGAAAUAUUCAUUAUGAUCGCUAUGUACAUGAAUGGUGCUAAAUACAUUCUAAAAAGUGACCAGUUUGUAAAAGCAUUAUACGAAAUGAUUGAAAAUGGUGAAGAAAAUAGUUCGAAAGCUGCCGAAAUAUUAGCUUUCGCCACUCGAGAGUACGACGAUGUUUUCUAUUUGCAAGAACAUUACAAUGCAAUACGUAAAUUAGCUCGUAUUCUCCGACGCAAUGUACGCGCUUAUAGUAAUCCAUCCGCUUUAUACCGUCACUUGCAAUGGCUGCUUGAGACAUUUCCGGAUGUUGGCGUCAAAGAGGGCCUCUUUGAAAUCCUGUUUACGCGAAUUAAAAAUCGGGCAUGUAAUUUUCAUAAAUAUGAUUUGAAAUGUUUCGUUCUUCUUUUACGUUGCCCGGCUGGACAGAAACGUUUUGCAGUCAUUGAUGGAAUUAAGGAAAUUUAUGACAUUCUCGUCGAUCCUAAUCGAAAAUUAGAUUCAUAUGAGAAUGUAGUUUAUGCCAUAAUGACCGCAAUGUUUACCAAGAAAAUUGUUUUGCGAUGCUCUCAGUUUGUUGACUUGCCCCGACUUAUAACUCAGUUGGCCAAGGAUAGUAAAGAAACCAUUAUGCAAUUAUAUUGUUUUCAGGCACUCCACAUGCUGACUGAUAUGCCUCGUGUGAAACGUUAUAUGAAAACAAAUUGUUUUCAAAUUCUGCAACAAAUAAGUUGCGAGGAUACGGUUAAUGAAAAACGGAAGAGUGAACUCCUAUAUAAACUGAAUCGUGAAAUUUAUCACACAAGUGGACUGCGUUUAGAAAACAGAAAACCAGUCGAUAUUGUUAUGGAAACUAGAUCACGCUCUUACGGAGAGGAAGGACAUAUCGCACUGCGCCGUUUAUAA